UGUUAUUAUUUCCAAACACAAAUUAUAAGUUUUCAUAAUAUUUUGAAAUUGGUAGUUGGCUAAUUCCAAUUGCUGUCGUGCAUUCAAGUCAAUUGGAUAUUCCAAACCAAACAAAGGUUGAAAGGGAGUGUAUUUGUGAUUUUAUUUCCUAUCAUUUAAGUUUCAAGUUUUGUGUUCGAUUAUCUCCAGCUACCUCUUUCCCCUUCGCCUCCAUUGAUCGUUACAUUCUUUUCAGGUUAUACUAAAAUGGGUUACUGGAAAACAACGGUUCUCCCACAGAUUAAGAAAGCCUUUGGAAAAGAUCCCGCCAAAAAAGCUGCUGCUCUUGAAGCAUGCAAGUCCUUUGAUGUUUGCAAGGAGGAAGUAUCCAAGGAAUUUGAGGAGAAGAAAAAUGAGCUGCAGCCCAAAGUACUUGAGAUUUACGAAGCUUCAUCAACUGAACUCAAGACUUUGGUAAAAGAACCCAAAGAAGCUGGGCUCAAGAAGUAUUCGGCCGAGGUUCAGACCUUCCUUGAUAAGCUCGUUGGAAUUGAGUUCCCAGGUUCCAAAUUAGCUUGUGAGGCUAGUUCAAAGUUCGGGCCAGCACUUGUUUCAGGACCAGUAAUAUUCGUGUUCGAAAAGGUCUCAACAUUCAUCGUCACUGAGGAGAAACCAAGGGAGAUUGAAGUCCCAGCCCCAGCCGCCAUCUCCGCCACAGCAGAAGAAACAACCACAGCGACAGAAACAACCACCGAGACAGAGAAGGAGAUAGUUGUGGCAGAGGAAAAGCCUAGUGUAGCAGCACCACCCGCGGCAGCAGCCGUGGUGACUCCUCCAGCUGAGACAGCCCCUCCUAAGGAAGAACCACCAAAGGUGGAGCAGCCACAAGCUGAGGAGCCAGCAAAAAAAACUGAGCAACCAAAUGCAUGAUCAUGAUCAUGAUCAACAACACUAAAGACUCAACUCUUUCCUCUCUUAGCUUGCCUUUUGUUUUUUCUUUUUUGUACAUUUGUGAAGAAGAAAUGUAAAACUGUAUUUUGUUAUUCUCCAUUUUUUUGUUUAAUUAUCUUGUGAAAUUGCAAAGAUUCUGCCUUUUGGUUUACAUGUAUCAUUGUUCAAUUUUUUGAGGGGAUAUUAUAUUGUUACUUUUUUCUCUUUCA